AUGCUCCUCAGCUUCUCUACCUCGCGCUUCUUCUAUUUCUGCACAGCUUCGCCUUUCCAUCCCCUGCGUCUCACAGGUAACGCAUUGCUCGACAAGACGAGGCUUUCCGAAACCAUGGACAUAACCACCGCGAUCGCAUCGUUCUUCCUCAUCCGCGUCCUGUGGCACGCGCUUUGCUUCCUCAUUCUCUACGAAUUGCUCCGCUGGAUCCCGCUCGGCCUCCCCUUCGGCAUCCUCAGACGACCUGAUGGGAUCGGCAAGGGCUCCGCAGACAAGCUCGCUUACCACGGCUUCAAUAUCGUACUCUGCGGCCGAGAUCCGCAGAAAGUAUCGCAGGUUCGUCGAGAACUUGAGCGGAAGUAUCCGAACAAUGAAUUUCGCACCAUCAUCAUGAAUCACGAGCUCUACAUCGAAGAAAACGCAGCCUCGUUCCCGGAAGUCGAGGCCACCGUCAGCGACCUGAACCUCAAGAUCCUGAUCAACUGCGACGGACGCAACGUGACUAAGACGUACCGUACCAUCGACCAGUACUCUCCCAAGGAGCUGGCCGACAGCAUCACGCUCCUCGCCAUCUACCGACGCUCAUGA